AUGAGUCUGGGCACCAUGGAGGGGGAGGAUCUGGCCGAGUACUUCCGCUUGCAGUAUGGGCAAAGGCUGCUGCAGCUGCUGCAGAAGUUCCCCAGCACUGAGGACCACUCAGACUCCCCAUCCAUCCGGCUGCUGGAGAAGAAGAAAGAGGCCAAGCUCAUGCACCAUGCCAUGGAGCAGAAGAAGGAGAUAUUUCAGCGCAGAAUGGAAACCCUGAACCUGCGCUGGGAGGAGCUGGGAGUCAAGGAGGCCCAGCUGAAAGCCCACAUACAGAAGUUUGAGCAGUUCAUCCGGGAGAACGACCAGAAACGGAUCCGGGCCCUGAAGAAGGCCAACAAGGAGCGAGAACUCAAGAGGCAGUGCACGCAAGAGCUGACCAAGGCCAAGCAGGAGAUGGUGGCCCUGCGGCUGGAGCACCAGAGGCUGAGCGCCAAGCUGCAGGAAUACUCCAUCUUCAACAAGUACCUGGAGAAGGUGGUGGAGAACUCCGAGUUCGAAGAGAUCCACGAGGUGAUCGCGCGCUACAAGACGCUGGUGAGCAUGCACCAUGACCUCAUGCAGUCGGCGCAGGAGGGCCAGGAGAAGGUCGAGCGCGCCAAGGCCCGGCUGGCGCGCUACAAGGAGGAGAAGGACGACGAGAUCCUGCAGCACAACAACGAGCUGGCGCGCCUGCAGAUGCGCUUCGACCGCGCCCGCAGCGACGUCAUCAUCUGGGAAUCUCGCUGGGCACACAUCCAGAACACCGCCGCCAAGAAGACCCUCUUGCUUGGCACCAUUAAGAUGGCAACGCUGAACCUCUUCCAGAUCGUGAGCAAGCAGCUGAAGGAGGCGAGCACCGUGUCCCUGGAGGACACGCACAAACAGCUGGACACGAUCCAGCAGUUUAUCCAGGACCUGUCAGACAUCUGGGCAGAGGUGAAGAAGAAGGAGCAACAGCAAGUCCGGGUUUAA